AUGGAUGCGCAGGUCGUCAGAGACCGAAUGACGAUGAUGCUGAAGGCCGUCCACCGUGGUGGACUGGAUCCGGAUGCAGGGAAAGCUAGGCAAGACCAGCUUGUCCUGCCCGAAGAUCCGACGUUCGUUCCGAGGCUUAUGCUUCCCGGCUUGAAUCUCGAUCUUUCAGCCUUGGAGAUCGCAGACGUACUAGAGACUCCUCGAAAGACGUCGGACUUCCUCUCGAGCUGCCUGGAGCAGUCAAACAAAUCGAGUCUCUAUUUUCAAAAACAGCAUCAACUGGAUCUCUCAUCUUCACAGGCUGGACCCAGUGUCAUUGGCGGCUUUGGGCUACCAAGUGAGAUGGACAGCGCAAGUAAGGGACCUCAGGUGGAGCUUCCAGCUUAUCUAGGGGCCGAAGAAGGCGUGUUACUAGAGCCGGGCUUUGAAUUUGAUGUUGAAGGGAAUAUAAUUGAAUUGCCUGUGAAAGGAGAUGCGGACCACAUGAUCGUUGAUGACAUUGAGGAGCACAAUUUCGAUGUUGAAAUGGCCGGAGCCAACCAAGAAGGCUUUCAGUUCGAAGAUUUGCCUAUCAACGAGGAUAUGAGAGACCUACAGGACCGGGAGGCGACGUUAACCCUUGCCGAAUCACCAUCCAAUCGCCCUUGGCGCAUAGGCUUCGAGCCCUCAACAGCAAACGAAAAUCGUCUCAGUCAGCAGGAAACAAGAAUGCCGUUGAAGAAGAGACGCUUUAGAAAUAUGGAAGUAGACGACUACCCAGAACUCAUGAAUUCUGACUUAGCCCAGUGGAAUUUCGAAUACGCCCAGAACAUGGAGGCUGCUGGCAAGGUAAAGGAGACCAAUAAAUUGGUUACAAUUGCAAAGAAGAACGCUGCAUUCUGUGUUCUGGAAGCGGGAAUCGCAGCGGUCGGUUUAGGACUGGGAAUGUCUCAGGUUCCUCACCCAUUAGACACUUUUUGUGGUAGUCGACUGCUGAGUGCGUUGACGGGAACCGAGAUCAAAGGCACUCGACGUAAACGCAAUCACAAUGCAGCAAGUGACAGCGAUUCGGAUGACUUUGAAAGAAAUGUGCGACACAAGGUCGGAGGUGAACCUAGUCGCGAGGCAAGCGUUGAACGCGGUGUCGUGCAAUUUGACGAUAUCGAAAUGGGCCGACACGCACCCCCAGCGCUUCAAGAUGACAUGUCUUCGCAAAUGCCCUGGAAUAUCACUGCAUCGGUGCACAGUUCACAUCGAGGCUCGUCUGUCGCCGUCGGGCACUCUGGAAUUAGCGGUAUGAAUUCCACAUUCCGCUCUGGCAAAGAUUCCCUGGUUCCCCAUUCAGCCAGUGGCCGCAGAGGCCGACUAACUAGCGCGAGUCCACUCGCUGGCCUCGGGGUGAUGCGGAAUGCUUUGCAUGGCCUUUCUCUCCAGGACGAGGACCUCGACAUGAAUGUGUUCGCUGACAUCAAUAUGGAAAGCUUUGCUGGAGACGCCCAUGGUGGGCCAAUCAAUAGAAUGAGCACCCCAGCAACGGCCAGGGAUAGGCCCGCGGAGCCAGAGUGGUUUCUCAGCAAUCUCGAUCAACAGAGUCUGAAUUUUCUCGAAUACGUAAAAGUUCGAAUUGCGGACACGAGUGGUGAUGCUUCAGAUGGAGACUGUGAAGAUGGAGAGGUUUCCUUUUCCACUCUUGUGCCCUCAGGUUCGAGCAGUCGGAUCGUUGCGACCCAGGGACUCCUCCACGUCCUCAUGUUGGCGACCAACAGGGUGUUGCGUGUGCGCCAAGAGGUCGUUGCGUUUGCCAGGGGAUGUGACGACGCCGGAGAGAUUUUCCUGUCACUGGACGGUUGA